ACACCCACCCCGAAAGCCCCUCGCAACCCAGGAAGUGUGCUGACCAUUGAGGCUAAUAAAAGGGGCUCCUGGGGAGUCUGCUCCACAUUCUUCCUGCACAGCUCAGCGAGACCUCAGCCAUGAGACCUCUCCUCCUGACUUUCCUGGGAGUCUGCUGCCUCACCCCAUGGGUUGUGGAAGGUGUGGGGACUGAAGUCCUAGAGGAGAGGAUCUGUGUGAGCUUACAAACCCAGCGGCUGCCAGUUCAAAGAAUCAAGACCUAUACCAUCAAGGAGGGAGCCAUGAGAGCUGUAAUUUUUGUCACCAAACGAGGACUAAAAAUUUGUGCUGAUCCAGAAGCCAAAUGGGUGAAAACAGCGAUCAAGACUGUGGAUGGCAGGGCCAGUACCAGAAAGAACAUGGCUGAAACUGUUCCCACAGGAGCCCAGAGGUCCACCAGCACAGCGAUAACCCUGACUGGGUAACAGCCUCCAGGACAAUGUUUCCUCACUCAUUAAGCAGCUCAUCUCAGUUCCCAAACCCAUUGCACGAAUAUUUUUAUUUUUAAUGACAUUCACAUUCAUUUCAAAUGUUAUAAGUAAUAAAUAUUUAUUAUUGAUGA